GUUGAAUUGAAAGGAGCUUGUGCAGCUUGGACUGAGGAACUAAUUGGUUAGAUGUGUUGAAUCUGCCUGACCACCUUAAUAAUCAGUGAUUCGUAAAGUAAAAUAAACAAGACAGAAUUAGACAAAAAAAAAAAACGAAAAUUAGUGAAAUAUUCUUAAAAUUUUGUGUGUCGUUGAACUUUAAAUUGACAUUUUCGCGAGUAAAAAUAAACAGCUGAUAAUGAAUUUAAAUCCUAAAUUUAUUUUCUUAUUUUUUGUGAUUGGAGUUUGGACUUUGCAGUCUAUUGAUGGCUAUAAAUGUGAUUUUAAGGCAUUUUAUGGCAUUACCUACUACUGCAAUAUAGUUCCUGAUUCAAGUGAAAGUGUAGAAAAUCAUUUAAAGCAUAAAACUGACGACGACGUUAAAUUGUUGAGUUUCGAUGCAGAUCUGCACAACACUUCACAUGUUACACAGUCUGAGUCGAGUCCAUUUUGUCAACGAUUUAAGAAUGCUGAUGAAUUUAAGACAUCUGAGACUUUAUUUUCUGUGAACUCAAAACUGACGCAUUUGUGGCUUUUGGCUAAUAAAUUAACAACAUUGCCAGAGAACAUCUUUGCCAGCCAGACAGCACUCGUAACAUUAAGUCUUAAUAGUAAUCCAUUCACAUCCUUGCCGUCAAACAUUUUUGAUCCAUUGGAGAGCUUAAAUGAGCUGAGUCUUAGAGAAAUCAACAUUAAAUUUAAUCCAAUUUGGUUUAAAAACUUAAAAUCUUUAUUUUCUUUGGAUUUAUCUCGCAAUCAACUUACCGACUUGCCUAAAAAUAGCUUUAGUGCUUUGGAAAGUUUAGAACAUUUAGACUUAAGCUUUAAUCAAUUAACAGUCAUCCAUUCCGACUCAUUUGGUCAUCUUAAGAGCUUAAAAACUAUUUUAUUAGAGGAGAACAAUGUUAAUGCAAUUGAUGAACAGCUCAUUGACGAUACAGCCUUAAAUCAUCUUGACAUGGAUUCAAACAAGUGCAUCAGUGAUGUUAUUCAAGAAAGAGGGGAACUGAAAGGAAAAUUAGCUCAGUGCUUCAGCAACUAUCAACCAAGACAGGAGAAUUGAAGAUUUAAAAGAUUUUUUUUUUAAUUUUUAAUUUUUUAAGCAAAUCUUUUUAAAAUUUUUUAAUUUCAUUUUUAUUGGCUUAGAAAUUUUCAGAGGUGGAGGGUAUUUGGGAAAAAAGUGAAGCAUGGAAAGGGCC